AUGAUCACUGUCAACGCGGAUGGCAAGAUAAUGGUCAGAAGAUGCCUCGUCACCUUGAGACCCUUUAGGAUUUUCGUGCUGGGCAUUGGAUUUUUCACCCUGUGCUUCCUGAUGACCUCCCUGGGAGGGCAGUUCUCAGCCAAGCGCCUGGGGGACUCCCCCUUCACCAUCCGCACCGAAGUGAUGGGUGCUCUGGAGUCCCGAGGGCUGCUGCGGAGGAUGAGCGACAUGCUGGAGAUGCUGAUGAAGAGGAUGGACAUCCUGGCCAGGCUGGAGAACAGCACUGACUUCCACAAAGGGGAUGAAGCACGAUUCCCUCUGGACAGGUUCCAGCCAGCAGCUGGGUUGAUGGAGAGGAUCCAGGCCAUAGCUCAGAACGUGUCAGACAUUGCAAUAAAGGUGGAUCAGAUUCUCCGGAACAGCCUCCUCAAUGGGAAAGUGAUGGAAGGCAGGAGAGAUCAGUGUGAGGUGCCCAGGGACCCCAAGUACCCGGACUGUGCUGGGAAGGUGGAGUGGAUGAGGGCCCGCUGGACCUCUGACCCCUGCUAUGCGUUUUUUGGCGUGGAUGGCACCGAGUGCUCCUUCCUCAUCUACCUCAGCGAGGUCGAGUGGUUCUGUCCCCCCCUGCCCUGGCGAAACAGGACAGUGGCUGUGCCCUCACUGCCACCAAAGCCACGGGCACAGGCAGCCUUCAGGAGGGACCUGGCUCGCCUGCUGGAGCUCAUUGGCACAGGGAAGGAGUCCCUGAGCUUCAUGAAGAAGAGGAUCAGGCACCUGGCCCAGCAGUGGCUGCGGGCGGCGCGGCGCCUCGAGCAGAAGCUGGCGGGACGGCAGCGGGACCAGAAACACAUCUUGAUCCACAUUGGCUUCCUGACAGAGGAGUCAGGGGAUGUUUUCAGCCCACGGGUGCUGAAGGGAGGCCCUCUGGGUGAGAUGGUGCAGUGGGCUGACAUCCUGGCUGCCCUCUUCAUGCUGGGACACAGCCUGAGGGUCACCGUGUCCCUGAAGGAGCUGCAGAGUCACUUAGGGGUGCCUCCAGGACGGGGGAACUGCCCCCUGACCAGUCCCCUGCCUUUUGACCUGAUUUACACCGACUACCACGGCCUCCAGCAGAUGAAGCAGCACAUGGGGCUCUCCUUUAAGAAAUACAGGUGCCGUGUGCGGGUCAUCGACACGUUUGGCACGGAGCCAGCCUACAACCACGAGGAGUACGCCACGCUGCGCGGCUACCGCACCAACUGGGGCUACUGGAACCUGCAGCCCACGCAGUUCAUGACCAUGUUCCCUCACACCCCUGAUAACUCCUUCAUGGGCUUCGUGUCAGAGGAGCUCAACCAGACUGAGAGGCAGCUCAUCAAGGCCAACAAAGUGAGCAGCAUGGCUGUGGUGUAUGGCAAGGAGGCCAGCAUCUGGAAGGUGAGUGGCAAGGAGAAGUUCCUGGCCAUCCUCAACAAGUACAUGGAGAUCCAUGGCACGGUUUAUUACGAGACACAGAGGCCACCCGAGGUGCCAGCGUUCGUGAAGAACCACGGGCUGCUGCCCCAGCACGAGUUCCAGCAGCUGCUGAGGAAGGCAAAGCUCUUCAUUGGCUUUGGGUUCCCCUACGAGGGCCCGGCGCCGCUGGAGGCCAUCGCCAACGGCUGCGUGUUCCUGCAGGCGCGCUUCAACCCGCCCCACAGCUCCCUCAACCACGAGUUCUUCCGUGGGAAACCCACCUCCAGAGAGGUGUCCUCCCAACACCCAUAUGCUGAAGACUUCAUAGGGAAGCCCCACGUGUGGACUGUUGACUACAACAACUCCGAGGAGUUCGAGGCUGCCAUCAAAACCAUCAUGAGGACACAGGUGGACCCUUACCUGCCUUACGAGUACACCUGCGAGGGGAUGCUGGAGCGGAUCCACGCCUACAUUCAGCACCAGGAUUUCUGCACCACAUCAUCUGUUCCUCCGUCUCCCAAGACCAAGAGUCCUGCUAUGCAAAGCCCUCCGAGCCCGCUGGCCCUGUCCCCCAACUCCACACACCUGGUGUGGUCGCCCAGAGCUGGAUGGGCGCCCCAGGCGUGGCCCCCGGUGGCCUCUCUGCAGGUGUGGGUGUCGGAGCCCCAGCACACGUGCACCCAGACGUGCCGGCAGCACGGGCUGGUGUGCGAGCCCACCUUCUUCAGGUUCCUCAACAAGGAGGAGGUGUUUCUGCAGCUCAGCAUCGUGUGCGACAGCACCGAGUACGAGAUGAACCACCUGUACCCCGCGGUGGCCGAGAACGUCCACGAGUGCUACCUCCAGAAGGAGCCGCUGCUCUUCAGCUGCGCCGGCUACAACACCAAAUACCGGCGCCUGUGCCCCUGCCGCGACUUCCGCCAAGGACAGGUGGCUCUGUGCAGGGACUGCUUGUGA